GCAUGCAUAAUUAGCCGCGGAUAUAUUAUCGGGAAUAACCGGAUUAUGAGGAUUUGAGGAGUAGAAAUCGCCAGAAUCCGGUAUCAUACAAGGCGAGGGAUUAAGUUAGACGUCUUCACUCCUCCUGUCGCCGUUAUGGGGAUAGACCGGCGGCGGAGAGCAUCUCUGGCUCUCACCUUGAACUUCCUCGCUUUGUUUCUGGCCGUGUCGGCUCUCACCACCAGCUACUGGUGCGAGGGGACGCGGAAAGUGGUGAAGCCGUUCUGCACCGGCCCGGUCACCACCAGGCAGUCGUUCUGCAUCAGGUUCAACAGCUCCAACGUCAACGACACGCGGCUGGUGCAGUACAUCUGGGAGACCGGCGAGGAUAAGUAUUUGAUGAGGAAGUUUCACACCGGCAUCUGGUUCUCUUGCGAGGAGAACAUCAACAUGACCGGCGAGAAAUGCAGAAGUUUCCUAUAUGUUGCACCUUCAAAUGAAAGAGGAGUGCUGUGGCUGUGCAUUGUUGCGGAGUGCCUGUACAUCCUCCUGCUGGCCACCGGAGGCAUCCUCAUGUCCAUAGAGGUGUGUCACUUUGGCAAUGUCAUCGACGGCCUCAAGCUCAACGCCUUCGCUGCCAUAUUCACUGUGCUCUCAGGUCUGUUGGGUAUGGUGGCCCACAUGAUGUUCACCACAGCCUUCCAGCUGACUGUCAGCCUGGGCCCAGAGGACUGGAAACCUCAAACGUGGGACUACAGCUGGUCGUACAUUUUGGCGUGGAGCUCCUUCACAGCCUGCAUGGCGUCCUCAGUCACCACCAUCAACCGCUACACCAAAACCAUCCUGGAGUUCAAGCACAAGCGCAGGAACAUUGAGAAGAACCUGAAGAUCAAGCAGAAGCUGCUGGAGCUGGACUCUCCGGAGCAGGUGUGGGACAUGUACAUCAGCUCAGUGCCGAGCACUGCCGAGGAGCUGCUGGAUCUGUCGUCCAACGGCCGCAAACUCUCCAACGCCUCCAUCUUCCUGGACCUCAACGACCUGCCGGACCCACAGGGAGAGGAGUACUGCUAGAGGAGUAGCGUGUAGCAUUUUCAAACAUCAGCAGGUCGUUGUCACAUUGAACGUGGUACAAUAAUAUAAUUACUGUAAACAAAAUGAGACCAUGGUUGAGAGCUCUGAGGGCUUUGUUAGCUGGCUUUAAAAAACCUAAAACCCCAAUCACAAGUAAUUGGUGAUUUUAUUUGUUGACUGAAGGUUUCUUCAUUAGGCUCUGUGCACGUUCCCAUAAAAGGUGGUGUUUGACACGUCAUUACACUUGUCCAGAAAAUGGAGAAAUGGCGUGCCGCCUACUUCGGUCAAGAGGAACAGGUUGUUUUAAUGGAGCGCAGUGAGGAAUAUAAAUAUUACAGCAAAAAGCAACUCUGUUGCUGCAAAGAAGUGAAAAGAGAAAUUCUGGCAGAAAAACCAGACAAAUCAAAGUGAAAUGAAUUUUAUCGAUAUUACAUCAUGCAUGUUGAAUACCAAUGGACUAAUCAGUUUUCUAAUCUGUUUUUCAGUUAGCUGCAACACCAGCAGUGCAAAACAGACAAAUCAGGACAGAGCAUAAAAACAGCAUCUCUGUAGUCUGUAGUUGCUGUCCUUUCAUCAUUCCUUUAGUGUAUGGAUGAUAUGUUGUGUAAAAGUGUCAAUAUUACCUGAAGCAAAGAGGAACAAAAUAUUUUCUGCAUCAACCAAAUAAUGGAGGUUCCCGUGGCAAAAAGUGGAAUUACAGGGCUUUAUCCUGUGGCGUUGUUUUGAUAUAUAACAUAUUCCUUUAGUUGAGAAUCACUGAUAGAGGAUAUUAUUAGGAUAUUAGAGGCUCAUAUUCCUUCAGGAAAAGAAUUAGUGAAAGGGCCAGGCGCUAUUUCCUGCCAAUUUAAAUCUGAAAUUCUGAACAUGACUUCCUCGGAGCAGGUUAGGUGUGCAGCAUAAGUUACCGUGUUUCAUUCAUUCAUUACUUUUAACUCGUUUUGAACUUGACUAACUCAAGUCAAGUCUGUGAAUUAUAACGUGGGUCUUUAGCUGCAGCUAGAAACAGCUUUAAACAUUUUGUAGAGCUGAAUGGAACAACUGAGUCGGGGGCUAAUUCUCUGUGGGUUUUGGACUAACCAGCAACAGCUUUAACGCCAUUACACAUAGUCAUUAAAGCCGUUGUUCAAAUAAAAAUAUUUUAAAGUUGAACAUACAUUUCACAUUUUGGCUUUCUUUCCCUGAACAUCACAUUAAUAGAUUUUAUCAACUUGUUGUUACAUGUAACUUUUGAUUUUGGUGGAAAUCAAAUUGUCCUCAAAGGUAAUGAUCAAUGACUACAUCAACUUACUUUUUGAGGCCUCCACUAUUCCAUGUCCUGUAGUGGAAGUUCUUUUGAUGAUUUUGUAUCACUCAUGUUAACCAGCUAGGUUAACACAGUAGUUAGCUAACUCACUGAUAACAGACUGAUAACCUACCGUAGUUCAAAAUCAGAAUCCUACUGUUGUGGGCAGCCAGACAAAUCAUAUUGUUUCCUUGCAAUCGCUUUGUGGCCCAGUAUCAGCCAUCUGCCAGAUGUACCAUUUACAUUAAAUUAGAUCUCAGUUUUCCAAGGCUCUUUGGAAAGUCUAACUUUGUCUAAUUAUAAUGGAGAGGAUUACUUGCUCCAUCAUUACAAUUACCAAGAACUCUUCUGUUCCUCCAGCAGAGCACUCCAGCAAAUUCCCCCACCAAAGCCAAUCACAUGGUCAGUGGUCUCAGUUGUUCACAGAAACUAUACUAAUGUCUCACAGUUGAUGUGGUAAUGAUGUAUUGAUGCUAAAAUGUUACAUGUAGCACCUUUAAAGACCCGCACUCAACCCACCAUAUUGUAUCUUUUUAACCACUGGAGUGUACACCUGCUAACACAAUUGUAGAUGUACAAUUGUGUUAGCAGGUGUACACUAUACCUCUGCAGUGCACCAUAGCAGUAUACCGUAGCAAUACUGCUGUGUGGAUCACUGCUUUAACCCUGUGAGUUAAAGAGAGAGCAAAGCCGAGGACAGGAGUAACAAACCAAGAGUCAACUCAGUACAAAGAUAACGCUCUGUGGAGAGGACAGCGGCCUGAUCAAUGGUCUCCCUCAGCCAACACUCUUCCAUCCAAAACUAGCACACUCUAAUGACUCCCAAGCCGCUUGGCUCCGUGCCUGUUGGAUUUUAUUCAUUGAGGAGAAUGUCCAUGACUCUCUGUGACUCACUCAGCUACAGAUACACAUCGCUGGACUGCCCAGUGAUGAGAAGCUCCACACACAGGAUUCUAAUACGGCACACAUACUGGAUAUGAGUGUGAUGAUACACUGCCUCCACCCAACAUGUGAACCAAAAUAGCAUUACGUAGCUUAAAACACACCGCGUCAGGUGUUAAUCCCUGUACUACAGUAUUUCCAGUAUUUGUCUCGCCAUGGAAGAAGGGAAGUACCAGAAGGUGGACCUGAGGGCUGUUCACCCACACAGGAAUACAAAGAAUGUGUAAUGAAUGAGUGUUACAUAGGAGGAGGUUGCCUAUAGGGCAUGCUGAGUGCCUUUACUUACAGCAGCAUGCCUCUGAUCAAACAGCAUGCUCCGCACCCCCAACAAUUUAACCAGGGCAAUGCUGUUUCUCCAACUAAUAACUGCUUUAGAGGAAACAUGUAGCUGUCUGUGCAAACUGCCAAAACUCAUCAGCGGGAGGAGCACACGUCUUUUGAAGCUCUCUGUGUAAUAUGUACUUGAUAAGGGGGUCCUUUUCGUAUGUAGUCACACAAAUUGUAUUGAUGGAGAAACAGAGACCAGGAUUGUUGUUGUCAAUUUUAAGUGCAUUUGAAAAUGUAUAUUAUAUAUUUGUGUAUUUUAUUUAUUUGUUCAAUUCAAAGUGAGGUGUAUUGUAGACAACUUAAAGAUUUACUCUGGUUCAGUUUAAAUUCUAUUUCAUCACCCUGGGUUGCAUUAUAUGCUGAAGCAUGGACUGUUGUGUUUUUGUGUUUGUCAGACUUAUUUACAGUGGCACUUCUUGUGUAGUGUUCAGUAGUUACAUUGUUGUGGAUAAUUAUUUGCAACCUGAUAUAUUGAUAUGAAUACAUUUCUAUGAAAAGUUAUUAUUUAAAGGCAAAUGAGGAGGGAACAUCAUAA